UCCAUUCGCUCACUGGCCCUUUCAUUCCCUCUCUCCCUCAUUCCCUCUCUCCCUCAUUCCCUCUCUCCCUCCUCUCCAGCACUGGUUGUACCAGAUCCGACUUAAAGAGCUCCUCUUCUCUGUUUAUUGACUGAGAUUUACCCCAAAUAACCCUGCAAAGGCCAAGAAAUGACUCCCUAAAGGAAGGUAUCCCAAAGUUUAAAGAUUGUCUCAUCUCAGCUCUAAGACCAGUGUGGGGAGCCGGACACAGAAUCAGGAUCUAUAGGUCCUCACGGGUGUUGGGAAUAUAGUGGUACCAGCAACUAUGACCAAGAGCAACGGGGAGAACCCGCAGGCCCGAAGCCGAGUCAGACAGAUCCGCGAUGGCCUCCAGUCCCGUUCCCUGAAGGCUGUGCAGAGGGUGGAGAGUGUCACUAAGGAUGACGUCAAGGGUUUCUUCCGCAGAAACGCCUUUGUGAUCUUCACUGUCGCUGCGGUCAUCAUCGGUAUAGGGCUGGGAUUUGCACUGCGGCCCUACAAGAUGACCUACCGCGAGGUGAAGUAUUUCUCAUUUCCUGGAGAGCUGCUGAUGAGGAUGCUGCAGAUGCUGGUGCUUCCCUUGCUGGUGUCCAGUCUCAUCACAGGCAUUGCAGCAUUGGACAGCCGUGCCUCUGGGAAGAUGGGUAUGCGGGCAGUGGUGUACUACAUGACCACCACAGUCAUCGCAGUCUUCAUCGGCAUCGUCAUGGUGCUCAUCAUCCACCCUGGGAAGGGCUCCAAGGACGAAUUCAAAAAUCAGCAGAAGAUCGAGCAGGUCAGCCCUGCUGACGCUUUCCUGGACCUCAUCAGAAACAUGUUCCCUCCAAACAUUGUGCAAGCUUGCACACAGCAGUUUAAAACGCAGUACGGAAAGAGAGUGGUCCAUGUGAAGAUGACGGUGAACGAUACCCUCUUCGUCUUGAACGGGACCCAGGGGCAGCAUAUCAUGCGGGAGGAGGUGAUCCCCAUCCCGGGGCAGGUGAACGGGGUCAAUGCCCUGGGUCUGGUCGUGUUCUCCAUAUGCUUCGGUCUCAUCAUUGGCAGCAUGAAGGAGCAGGGAAAGCCCCUCAAGGACUUCUUUGUCUGUCUCAACGAGGCUAUCAUGAGACUGGUGGCCAUUAUCAUGUGGUAUGCACCCGUUGGUAUCCUGUUUCUCAUCGCUGGGAAGAUAGUGGAGAUGGAUGACAUCACAGAAACGGGCGGCCAGUUGGGCAUGUACACUAUAACAGUCAUUAUUGGCCUGUCUAUCCAUGCCUUCCUGGUACUGCCCACACUCUACUUUGUGAUCACACGGAAGAAUCCCUUUGUCUUCAUCUGUGGACUCCUGCAGGCUCUCAUCACCGCGUUGGGGACCUCAUCUAGCUCAGCCACGUUGCCCAUCACCUUUAAGUGUCUGGAGGAGAACAAUGGGAUAGAUAAGAGAGUGACACGCUUCGUGCUGCCAGUGGGCGCCACCAUCAACAUGGACGGCACCGCCUUGUACGAAGCUAUCGCGGCUCUCUUCAUAGCCCAGGUCAACAACAUGGACAUGAACUUUGGACAGAUCCUCACUAUAAGCAUCACGGCCACCGCAGCAAGUAUCGGUGCAGCUGGGAUACCACAGGCUGGACUGGUCACCAUGGUGAUUGUGCUGACCUCUGUUGGACUGCCCACUGAUGACAUCACCCUCAUCAUUGCAGUGGAUUGGUUCCUAGACAGGUUGCGUACCACCACUAACGUGCUGGGAGACUCGAUUGGCACAGGUAUUGUUGAGUAUCUGUCUCGUCAUGAGUUACAAUCCAAGGAUGCGGAGAUGGGGAACUCUGUGGUGGAGGAGAAAGACAAGAAAUCAUACCAGCUCAUCGCCCACGAGAACGAGCAUGAAAACGAGAAGCCUCCAGUCAGUGAGACCAAGAUGUAGCACCAACAGUUUGACCACUGUGGUGUUUUUAAUCCCAUGGUAAAGGGAAGCAACCCAUAUCAAUCCUCAAAACACACAAAAAAAAUGAUAGUGUUUGUUUAGACCAAGAAGCUGAACCAAGAGUAUGUACAGGAUGUAUUUUAUUUGAUCAAGAGUUCUGCAGCCGUUCGUGCUGAUUAGAUUUCAUUGAAUAACUUAUUGAUAUUGAUCUAAUCAAGAAGAUGCAGUGGGGUCUGAAAUCAUUAACACCGUUGAUAAAAAAUCAACAAAAAUGACCGUAUCAAAUAAAUAAUUAAAUUACUGAGUUAUAUUGUAUGCACAAAAAAAGGACAGUUAUGUUAUGUUGUAAAAUAGAUUUUGUUUAACAAGUCAUGUAUUCUUUUUUCAAAAAGGUAAGGGUCAAAAUGAUUGACACCCCUGUUUUCAAUACCUUGUGAGGAUGACGACACUGAGCCUUUUGAUACAAUAUUUUCUGAGUUGGAGAACACAUUGGGAGGGAUCUUGAGCUUAUGGACUGACAUGAAAAUACCAGUGUUUUGAAUUGAAGAGGGCAGGCCAUAAGUGCAGACAAAGGAUAUCAAGGAUCUGGAAAGAUUCUGUAUGGAGGAAUGGUCGAAGAUCCCAAUGUGUUCUCCAAUCUUAUAACACAUUUUUAGAAAAAGGCUCAGUGUCAUUAUUUUCGCAAGGGGAGGUAAAAAAAAAAAAACAUAUAUAUAUCACUCGUUAAACAAUAUCCAUUUCGCUGAGCAAUUGUAUUAGUACAAAAUAAUAUCAUUUUAAAAAGAAAUGGAGCAUACAACAUAGCUCACUAUUUAAAUUAUUUUAAACAGUAUUUUUUGCUCAUCUUUAACAGUGGUGGAACAAGUACUCAAUUGUCAUACUUGAGUAAAAGUAAAGAUACCUUCGUAGAAAAUGGCUCAAGUAAAAGUGAGAGUCACCCAGUAAAAUACUACUUGAGUAAAAGUCUACAAGUAUUUGGUUUAUAAUAUACUUAAGUAUCGAAAGUAAAAGAAAUUGCUCAAAUAUAGUUAAGUAUCAAAAGUAAAAGUAUAGAUCGAAUCCCGAGCUGACAAGGUAAAAAUAUGUUAACCCACUGUUCCUAGGCCGUCAUUGAAAAUAAGAAUUUGUUCUUAAUGUUCUUAACUGACUUGCCUAGUUAAAUAAAGGUAAAAUAAAUUGUAAAAAUAAACCAUUUCACAGUCCUUACAUUAAGAAAUCCAAACAGCACAAUUAAAAAAAACAGUUUUUAUUGACGGAUAGCCAGGGGAACACUCAGACGUAAUUUACAAACGAAGCGCUUGUGUUUAGUGAGCCCGCCAGAUCAGAGGCUUUUGGGAUCACCAGGGAUGUUCUCUUGAUAAGUGUGUGAAUUGGACCAUUUUCCUGUCAAAAUGUAACGAGUACUUUUGGGUGUCAGGGAAAUGUAUGGAGUAAAAAGUACAUUAUUUUCUUUAGGAAUGUAGUGAAGUAAAAGGAGGCAAAAAUAUAAAUAGUAAUGUACAGAUUCCCCCCCAAAACGACUUAAGUAGUACUUUAAAGUAUUUUUACUUAAGUACUUUACACUACUGAUCUUUAUGGGUGUCAACCAUUUCGGACCCUACUGUAAAUCAAUGGUUUUAAGUGCCUAGUAUGAAUUAAAUACAUAAAAUGUUGAUCUUCUGAAUUAGAUACCCAGCAAACAAUAAUGAGUCAUUAGGACAUCCCCAGGAUGUCACAAAAUGGUCGCCUAAAGUUGUCAGGACGUUGUGUCAUGGUCCCUCCUGGAGGUUUUUGUCUAGUUUCCUGUUCGUCCCCUAAAGGUCGCAAAGAAAUGUUUCAUUAGUUUCAUUACACAUCAUCCCCUGAUCAGCAUAUCCUAAAUCCAGAGGUUGUGAGUUAGAAAUGAAGUUGGGGUCAUAUUGAAAAGUCAGUAUGAAGUGAUCAUGUCAAAUGUAAUCAUUAAUUAUAGAUUUUUACACUAUUUUAGAUGAACCACUUACCUGAAAACCGCCAUAUCAUUAUAUUACUUAUAACGGUUUAGGACACAUGGGACCAUCACGCGACAAAAACUUCCAGGGGACCAUGACACAACAUCCCAAGAAUGUUCAGGGGACCUUCAGGCUACCAUGACACAACGUCCUAAAAACGUCCUCAGGACAAACUAGGAACUAUAAAAAGGUCACCCAGAGAAUGUUCCCUUGGGACCAUCCCAAACCCUUAAGGAACCUAACUGGGAACAGAGCUGAUUGUCCUCAGUACAUCCCCUGUUUUCUGGGUAGGGAAUAACUAAGAGUCCCUGCCACUCUUCUAUAAGAUGCCUUUACCAUACCCUUUGAUGCUGUUUAAAGUUCAACAGUUUGACAGAGAUGAUUUAUUUUUGAUAAGUCAGAUGUGAAAUUAUGUGGUCUUUCAUUCUUGCUUUUGUCAUAUUUUUUUUUUUACGGCUGACAAACCAGAAUAGGUUGCCAAACCCUUUGCAUCAGAGCUUUUUAGAUUGAGGUUUUUCUUUGUAAAACUGCCAAAAUAUUAGUUUCAACUUGAGGUGGGAGUUGAACAGUAUGACAUUUUCACAUAAUCAUAAUCGUACCAAAAAUAUAAACAAUUUCUGUAUGUUACAAUUUUGGUCAUGCCUUUUUGUGUAAAGACAUUACAGGGAUCCCUAUUACAGUUGAACAAGUUUCAUGAUUUGAUACUGAAACCCUUGAUGUCUAAGGGCUCUAUUUUUAACAAACGUAAUGCAAUGGCGGUGGCAUGAAAGGGCUGGGUUUUGAUGAAUAAUCCUGUUGUGGUGUGUCGAGACUUGGCCCCUCACUGGCCAAUCAGAACAUGCUCCAUGGUUGCUUGAAGUUGUGCAUUUACCGUCUUUUAUGUAUUGUGUUGUCGUCAACUCUAAUUCGAAUGUUAGUCCCAUUAUAACCUAGUUCCUUAAAUAGCCUGCCCCCAUAUUAACUAAAUAUGUUGAACAUGUUUGCAGUCCACAUUGAUCUAGUUGCAUUGCUUCAAUAUGGAAAUACAUUGUUAACAUAGGCUGUAGCGCUCUCACUAAAAUAGGGGCUAGGCGUACUGUUUAUUUCAUGCUGGACAUGGACACGCAAAAUGUGGUCAAUAAGUCAUAUUACAUUCCCUAGGCUAUUGACAUAGAGGAUAUAGCCAAAGAAGACAGUAUAUCAUUCUAAUCAAAUUCUAAUUAAAUUGGAACCACAACUUGUUUUAAAUAGGCUAUGUUUAAAUACAGUUACAGGCACCGUAAUUGCUGCGUUGGGCGUAUAAUACAGACAAGGCAAUUUAGACUAUGGAGGGUUUUACGCGCAUCCAAACGGGAUAAAGAUCCAUUAUGAAGAGAAAAGGGUCAUGUCCGCUCACCGUUAUACUGCUCGCAAAUGUAAUGUUCUGCAAACAUUAUGGAACCAUCUCACAGAUCAUAUUUGCACUUCUCCAGAAAUAGCAGAUUAAAUUGCAUUGCAUUUGAGCCUUAAACCAGCCUCACCAUAAACACAUGGAAGGUAAAUCUUAAUAAUACGUUAAUCAAGUUAAUCAAACGUUAAACAACACGUUAAACAACGUUAAACGUUAAACAACACGUUUUUCAAACAACAAUAUUUCUAAAUAGGAUAGGGUCAGAAGCAUGAUAUCAUAAAUCGCUUCUUUCGUUCCAUGGUACUGUGUGCACACGCAGGCCUACAUGUCUUCACGCAUAACAUUUGCACAUCUACAGUAAACGAAAUACUAGAUUCCUGUCAAUUGUAUCGUUCCCUAUGUGCGAGGUAGAUUCUCAAAAAAUCGUCCAUUAACAUAGCAUUAUAGGAAGACUGAAUCAUUUGGAGGAGCGCAUCUUCGGUAAUAGGAGAAGGGAUGGAUAGCCUACUUGAACAAGCGAAAUUCAGGUAGACCAUUUCAAGCACCUUUAAUCAUAAACUACUUGGAUAAUGUCCAGGAUAAAAAGCAACACCAAUGUGAUCCUGCUAAACCAGCCUUGAUUAAAGGGAGGAUAGGUUGUGCUUGGUUUUCUAGCAAAUUAAACGAAAUAGUGGGGAACCAAUCGUUUUUUUAUGUUUAUAAAUAUGAGAUUCACCAGCACAAAAGGCACAGCUUUCCUUCUAUGGGCACUGUGCGUCAUGGCAGGAUAGGGGAUAGGCUGCGCUUUCUCUCUCAACAUCCGUUCCAUUAUCAACUCUGUUAAGACCUGCCUUUUGUGGGUCUUAAAACGUCCCUUUAGAACUGUUAAAAUUGUCACUUGCGCUCGUUUUUAAGUACACACAUCAAAUAUUGGCAGCCCCCCACCCCACCACCUCAGCGCCAUCGAGCUGAUGUUAAACAGCUAAAUUGCCAAACCUGGCAUGAGGCCUGGAAAAUGCCAGUGCGCCAGUUUUUACACGAGGAAAUUGCAAACUAACGUGCCUUUGACACUCGCGCCUCCUUAGAGCCAGCUGUAAAUAGAGCACUAAAGGUAAUUGGUACUUUUCUGCUUUUAAACUUUUCAGUCUAUUAUUCUAAUCGAGAUCCUAUUAAAUUGUACUUCCCAGUUCUAUGGUUAUACUGUCGUAAUGAUUGGGCAGAAGAAAAUGUAGAAUGUAGAAUUGAGUGUGGUUGUUAUGUGACAUACCCUAAAGGUGCGACAAAUACAACUUGAAUUAACAUGAACAUUUAAUUAACUAAUAGAACAUGUAAUCACGCUCUAAAACUCAUAUAGUGAGAAUUUUAUAUUUCUUCUCAAUGUCUUUGAUAGAAAUUGUUUUGUAUAGAAAAAAAGGUUUUGAUAUAUGUAUAUAUAGAAUUUGAAGAGUAAAAGAUUACUUUAGGAGGAUGAUGGCUGUGAAGUUUCUGUAAAGACAUUCCUUUGAGAACUAGAAGAACCCCCUAGCUAUUAAGAACCCCUAGCUAUUAAGAACCCCUAGCUAUUAAGAACCCCCCAGCUAUUAAGAACCCCCUAGCUAUUAAGAACCCCCCCAGCUAUUAAGAACCCCCUAGCUAUUAAGAACCCCCUAGCUAUUAAGAACCCCCUAGCUAUUAAGAACCCCCUAGCUAUUAAGAACCCCCAGCUAUUAAGAACCCCCUAGCUAUUAAGAACCUCCUUAGCUAUUAAAUACCCCCCUAGCUAUUAAAUACCCCCCUAGCUAUGAAUAAUCUCCCUAGCUAUUAAGAGCCUCCCUAACUAUUAAGAACCCCCUAGCUAUUAAGAACCUCCUUAACUAUUAAGAACCCCCCUAGCUAUUAAGAACCUCCUUAGCUAUUAAAUACCCCCCUAGCUAUUAAAUACCCCCCUAGCUAUGAAGAAUCUCCCUAGCUAUUAAGAGCCUCCCUAACUAUUAAGAACCCCCCUAGCUAUUAAAUACCCCCCUAGCUAUGAAGAAUCUCCCUAGCUAUUAAGAGCCUCCCUAACUAUUAAGAACCUCUCUAGCUAUUAAACAACUCCCUGAGUGCGUCCCAAAUGGCACCCCAGUCCCUAUAUACGUAGUAACCUAUUUAUAUUACACUAUUUUUGGCCAGAGCCCAAUGAGCCCUGGUCAAAAGUAGUGCACUACAUAGGGAAUAGUGUGUCAUUUAGGAAGCAUUCCCAAAUCCCAUAUCUAUCUACACCGGCUAAUAAGUGGAAGCUAUGUGAAACAAACUUUUGAAAAUAUUGAACAUUUGUUUACAAUUGAUUUUGGUGUCAUGUUUGAUAUGUUUGUUUAUUAGCGCCUCAAAUAAUUAACGACAAACAUAAAAAUCCCCCCCAAAAAACUGACAGGAAAUGUAGAUUUUUAUUUGUAUAGUUUUUAAUAAAACAUGGACCUUUAAAAGA